AUGAAGCGCGCAAAAAAGAAUAGAAUUAUGAAUCGCUCAAAGGCUCAGCCUUUUCCAGCGUUCAAAGCUUCGACAGCUAUAACGAAUCCACAUCGCAAGCCUCCAAAGGGACUGAAAGAAGGUCAAUACAGAACAAAUUCCACUAUCAAACGUCUCAACAUGUACAAGGAGAAGCCGAAUUUCGCUAAAAUGAAGGCGCAAGCCUUGGAGCCAGUUCGUAUAAAUCCGGAUCGCAGAUGGUUCGGAAACACUCGUGUUUUAACGCAGGAACAGCUCGCAAACUUUAGAAACGAACUAGAGAAUGUUGACAAUGACCCAAGAACGUGCGUUAUAAAGCGUAGCAAGCUCCCAAUGUCCCUCUUGAAGGACGUUGUUGCAGAAGACAAUGCAAAUCUUUUGACUGUUCAGUCGCUGGAAGAAACAUUUGGAAAAAAGAGUACUAGAAAGCGCCCAAAGUUGAAUGUGUCUACCUUGGAGGAGAUGGUUCAGGAUGUAAAUUCUAGGAGUUAUGACAGAGAAAAGGAUACCUCUCUGAUUAAUUUGAAUGAUGAAGUGGAGGAGAAAUCGGAUGUUAUUUUCAAAAAAGGAACCUCCAAAAGAAUCUGGGCGGAGCUCUACAAGGUUAUUGAUUGUUCUGAUGUUGUGGUCCAGGUCAUAGAUGCUAGAGACCCUAUUGGUACCAGGUGUAUGCGUCUGGAAAAUUACAUUAAAAAACACAAGACUGGCAAGGUUUUGGUUUUGUUAAUGAACAAGUGCGAUCUUGUCCCAUCCUGGGUAACGGCGGCGUGGAUCAAACACCUGAAUAGAGAGGCACCUACGGUGGCAUUUCACGCAUCUGUAACCAAGCCAUUUGGAAAAAAUACACUCAUUCAGUUGUUAAGGCAAUACUCCCAACUAUUCAAGGACAGGAAACACUUUAGUGUCGGAUUCAUCGGGUACCCAAAUGUUGGCAAGAGCUCUGUUAUCAACACAUUGAAGGGAGACAGAUCGUGCAAAACAGCGCCGAUUCCCGGGGAAACUAGAGUUUGGCAAUACGUUUGCCUUACCAAGAGAAUACACCUUAUAGAUUGUCCAGGUGUUACUCCCUGCGAGGAAGGAGAUGAUGCUGAUAAGGUUUUGAAAGGAGCCAUUAGGGUAGAGAGGAUCAACGACCCUGAGAACUACAUUGAACGAGUUUUAAAGAUUAUCAAGAGGGAAACUCUUGCAAGCAGAUAUGGAAUUGACAAGGACUUUACUGAGGAGAAUUUUUUGGACCAGGUGGCAACAAAGUUUGGAAAAUUUAAAAAGGGUAAAAUCCCAGACGUUUCUAUAGCUGCAAGAAUAGUCUUGUAUGACUUUCAACGGGGAAGACUGCCGUUUUACGCAGAACCCCCAAAGAGUGACAACAAGGUCAACACCAGUGAAGAGAUUAGAAAGCACCUGGAGGAGCUGGGUAACAUUGAGGUUUCAGAGGCGGCUCUCAUAGAUCAGUCGGAUGUGGACUCCAUGUUGCUACACUGUGAAGCAGCAGCAAAGGAGGAAGAUUCUGCGGUCGGGAAUGAAACUGCCGUGUCUACCGAAAAGUACCCACACGACAGCACACCUCUCGGCAUCCCCGGUGUAAACUACAGCGAAUUUUUAACUUGA